UUUUCCAAUUAUCAUUGAAAAAUGACAGUGUAUACAGAAGAAAAUGUCAUUUUUUACACUCUCAUUUCCAAUGAUCCUUAAAAAUGAAAAGUUGAACAUGUUCAACUUUUAAUUUUUAAAUGACAUUUUUUUCUAUUGUUUUAAACCGAAUCCAUUGUUUUCGCACACGUGUUUGUUGCACGCGAUGUAGUUUAGGCGUAAACAUAGAUAAAAACAAAGAUUUGAACAAGUAAUUCACCCGAGAAUGAAGACGCAAGAAGCGACCGAAUAUUUUUUGAGAUUUGGAGAAGCCAGCCCAGUUUGUGGGAUGUUAAAUCCCCGUUCCAUAAGGACAGAAACGAGAAGGCAAAAAGUUAUGAGAUAUUCAAAGGCAGACGGAAUGAAAGAGAAAUUAGUGAGGAGUAAAAUAAAUACACUACGAAGUUAUUUCAGCGCAGAAUUGAAAAAAGUAAACAACAGCAACAAAAGUGGAGCAGGACGAGAUGAUGUUUACAUAAAUGUAAAUGGCCAUAUUUUCAGUUCUUGCUAUUCCUACGUGACUCCAUCGUCCCAAGAAAAACAACUUCUUCGAUGGUGGGUACAAAUUUCAGACAAAUUUUUCUUGCCAUGGAACAGCACCGGUGGAGUUAAAGUACGCACAAAAUUUCGCAUCAUUUCUGUAGUUGUUCAGAUGAGAUUACUCGCCGUACCCUCUUUCAGAACACCGCCCAUUCAAUCUCCGAUCCCAAGGAACUCUUCAACACAUGCCACACAAAAGUACUUUUGUGAACGCGAAAUAAAUACUGUAAUUCGGCGUAAUUUAUCCCACAUGAGAAAAACUUCAAAGUUGCAGCUUCUUUGACUUUAGCAGGAAUUGGGUCUCGCAAAUGCGUUGUUUUUUUCUCAAUGUCAACUUCUAUAAGAUUUAGGAGCUCAUCAAAAAUAUUCGGCGGCAUUCUUAAAAAUCGCGUAUACUCUGCAAUUUCCUCUACACGCAGUUCACACAUAAGAGUAUUGUAGAUGCAAAGUUCACUUCGCCUAUACGGCUUCACCCAUCCAUUUCUUUGCUUUUUUUCCUAUGUUUAGCUCUCUUUUUUGAUAACAUAUACACAACAACAGCAGCUGCUAUUUCUUCUUCAGAGUCCAUGUUGCAAAGAAAACAUGCUCAAGUUUCAUGUUUUUAAUGAUAGUGUAUUUGCGCCAAAAUUUGUCAUUUUUAAUGUCAUUGGAAUGUAUCAUUGGAAAAUGAUCAUUGAAAAAUGAUAGUGUAUUUCAGCCUUACAGGCCAAAUUGUUUACCGAAGUUACGAGGGAAGCAUCGAUCGGGGUUUUAGCAAAUUUUAGAAGCCUGGAACGAGCUAGCUAUUAUGGCCUAAUUUUUACACUCACUAAUUCAGCUCUAUAAUGUGGUUUAAAAUUAGAUUCCUUUGCAAGUUCAAGUCCAUGACCCCAACAAAGUACGCAAUGAGAAACACGCCCUUCAUAGAUGCUAUCUUGCUGCCGUUGCAACAAAUUAUCUGAACUUAGAUUAACGUAAAAAAAAAGUUUACAAAAAAAUCCAAAAAUUAUUUUACUUACC